GUUGGAUUCUACGAGACUAAGAGGUCGGAUCUCCGUAGUAUUGUACGGUAUUACGGCGGGUAAUACACCCUUCCCCCAGAUUUCUUACACAUGACGUUACCCGGAGGCGAAAAACGUGUUUGCUCUGUAUGCACAUUUCCACCUUGGUGGGUUGUGGGAUAGGAUACAGCUAUAAUGAUCGUUCUGCAUCUUCCCAAACUUCACCAGUCACUCAAAUAGAUAAAUAAAUCUAGUCAUCUUCAGGCUACGAUAUACAACUUCGAUAUUUUAUUUCUCGAUCCUUCUCUUAUCUUCCUCCACAACACUACCCAACGCUACCCCGCUGAGCAUCCACAACCAUGGCAUCGUCUGACCUCGAUGUCCUCGUGGACAUGGGUUUCGAUAAGGAGAGGGCCGACAUGGCAGUCAAGAAGACCGGUGGCCUCCAAGGUGCUCUCCAGUGGCUGGAGGACAACCAGGACAAGUCGCUAGAGGACAUUAAGGCCGCAGCUGCAUCAAAGAAGGCCGAUGCCGCCAUCGAAGAUGCGAACGAAGAGCCACCCGCACUGCAGGAGGGCGAGGUAGCGCGAUCACUCAUAUGCAACGGAUGUGAAAAGCGCUUCCGGAGCACAGCACAAGCCGAGUUCCAUGCUUCGAAAACUGAACACCAAGACUUCGCCGAAUCAACCGAAGAAAUCAAACCCCUCACCGAAGAAGAAAAAAAGGCCCGCCUCGAUGAGCUCCGCACCGCCCUCGCGACAAAACGCGCCAAGCAAUCCGCCAUCGACAAAGAAGAAGCCAAGCGCAACGAGAAGAUCCGCAUGAAGUCCACUCGCGAGGUGCAGGACGCCAAGGAAGAACUCGCCAAGAAAGAGCAAAUCAAAGAGGCCUCCGCAAAGCGCAAGGAGAAGCUCAAUGACAUCGCUGCCAAGAAGCGCAUCCAGGAGAAGAUCGCAGCUGACAAGGAGGAGCGGAGAAUCAAAGCCGAGAAAGCGAAGGCGGAGAGGGAGGGAAGGGCGCCCCCUGUUGAUCCUCCGGUUACGGCAGCACAGGCAGUGCCGGUGGUGAAGCAACCGACUGCGAAUCACACGGAGGCAAGGCUGAGGCUGCAGACGGCGAAGGGGAAUAUACAGAAGACGUUUGCGGCUGAGACGACGCUGUUUGAGGUUGCGGAGGCGAUCUUGGUGGAGAAUGGGACGGCGGUGUCGAGCUUCACGCAGAACUUUCCGAAGAAGACAUAUACGACUGAAGACUUUGGGAUGACGCUGAAGGAGGUGGGCCAGGUGCCGAGUGGGGUCUUGAUUGUGAAAUAAAUUGGAACAAAAUAGGUUCUAUCAGAGGGCGGAUUCAGAUACGGUGGGCUGUAACCAUGUCUUAAAAGAGAAUGACUUGGAAUGCCUCAUGAAUCAAACGAGAAUGAAGAAAGAUAAUU